CGAUUGAAUUUAGUGCAUCCCUACAGCGAUAACGCUGCUAUUUGUGUUGUAAAGUAGUCAUCAUGCCACCUAGAAGGAUUGUGCCCGCUCGUGAAGAAGGUGAUAGUGGGAAUAAGCAGCCACUGCCCGCCAUUCCGCCGCAACAACGCCCACCACCGGGAUGGCGCCUUCGCCCACCAACAUCAAAUUCCUCUGUAGCUAUGGCGGAAAGAUACUCCCCCGUCAUCCUGACGGCAAGCUUCGUUACUAUGGCGGCGAGACCCGUGUACUUUUGCAGAUGUCAAUGCCCCCUAUGGUGUUUCCCCCUUGCCAUGAGAAAGGAAUCAUGUUAAGAACCAAGGAAAUAGCCAAGAAGAGAAAGUUUGACCAAGCAAGCUUUAGCCAUGAUCCGGCGGAUGAGGACAUGCAAAAUGUGGAAGAACAGAAGGACGCCAUUCUUGGAGCAAGAACACUAAAGUUGACUGCCAUUCUAUUGGCAAAAGUAGAGAAGCUCAAAACCUUGCAAGUGCUAGGGGGAAAGUACUUUGAUCCCUCGAUGUUGGAUUCCUUCGGGUGUAGAAGAGAAGUGGAGGACAUGAUCUUCAAUCCACAAUGGAGCACGAUCUUUAGUUGAGAGGGGAUACCUAUUCCCCGGUCACAUAUGAGUUCUUUGCCACCUUGCAAAUAAUGAAGGAGAAUCACGAUAACAAGCAUUCCAUUUCUUUCACCUUAUUCAACAAGGAGUAUGACAUGUCGGUGAAUGAUUUGAAUUCAAAUACUUGCUUACAAUCUCAAUUCUUGAUACUACAACAUGAACCAUUUGUACUUGAUUUUCGUGACUUCGUAUAUGAUGAGUAUGACUCUCUAUUCC